ACACACUGAGACAUUGAGGAAUUCACACAUACACACACAUGCACACAUCAGUAUAGACUGCUCUAGUACAGGAGGUUAUAGACACACGCAGAGGGGCUUCCCUUGUGAAACCACUCACACAACUGCCUAUAACACUUUCUACCUCUUGCUUGCAAACUCACACAUAAACAACAGCUGGUAACAUGUUGCUGCCAAGAGCGUUGACCCUAUUCAUCCUGUGGGGUUGUGCCUCUUGUGUGCGGUAUCGGGCUGAAUUCAACAUGGAGGGGAUCACUGGUUGGAUCAACUUCGACUCUACGGAGCUGAAGUCCACUGUUAAUCUCACAGGAACCGGAACGUGUCGAUCAUUCAAUAUCUCCCUCACUACGUUCCCUGUUAUGUACGGCCAUUUUGCUUCACCCUGUCAAAAGUCAAACAUAGGAGACAGUGUUUUCACCUUUUCUGUAGGUACACCCCAGGCUGCGAUGAAUGUUUCCGCUCUAUUUGAACAGCACCUUAGUCUGGAAGCCCUCUCAGUGCUGGUGGAGACAUGUAACGGCACAAGGAUUUGUGCCGGACUCAUGUCGGAGUCCCAGGUCAGAACGUGGCAGGCACGGUUUUUCAGUCCCGUGGGUGGGAACAUCUUCAUCCGGCAAGUGACAGGAGAAACAGGGGCGAGGGUUCUCUCAGAUCUAAGAACUCUCAAUCAAACCAGGACUUUUACAAAUGUCACAAUUUUAGUGUCACAAAGCUCUACCACCAACUGCACUACGCUUCUUGGUAGUCUGGAUCCCAAGAGUCUUACAAAGCUUGGCUUUCUGAGUGUGGGAUCACCUCUAGAACCUGUGAAGUCUCGGUUGGAAAUCUCCGCUCUCAGUUCUGGUGUCCGCUUCGCUGUUCUCGACUUGACCUCAAGCUAUGCGUGUGCAGAGAUCCGAAAGGUUGAACUGAAGGUUGUCAGUGCUGUCCUGAACAUGCAAGGGAUUAAAGGCUACUUCACCUUCCAUCAACCAUCUCCGUUCGAUCUCACCACCAUCACUGUUAACCUGACAAACCUGGACAGAAGAGUUGGGCCGUACCACGUUCAUCAGUUUCCACUACCCCAGAUGAGAUCUCCCUCGGAUAGCAGCUGCAGCAACAACAAUGUUGGGGGUCACUGGAACCCCUUCAAUGUGAAUGUUCAGGCACCAGCGUAUCCCCCACCAAGAGGGUCCACGCAUGAUCGCUUUGAGGUCGGAGAUCUGAGUGCCAGGCAUAGUUCUCUGGAGAAUGCGAGUAACUUUCAGGCCACUUUAACGGACUGGAACCUGCCUCUGUUUGGGCGGAAUAGCAUUGUGGGUCGAUCUGUCGUGAUACACUUGCCCAAUACGACCAGAUUUGCCUGUGCAAGUAUAGGCUACCCCGGUGAAGUGACUGUCGCCAAGGCGGCCUUUCGUGGACCGGUUGUGGGGACGGUCCUGUUCACCCAGCUCAGCGGUGAGCCAUAUUCUGAUGUCUCCGUGUUCAUGGACCUAUCUUACGCACAACUCUCUGCACCUUCUACACUAAAUCACAACUGGCACGUCCACAACUAUCCCAUCAGCACAGAGACAGACAGUGACAAGGCAUGUUGUCUGUCCACUGGAGGACACUGGAACCCAUUCUACGUAGACACAACAGUGAGUGCAUACACUGUUAACUGUGGUCCCGACAGCCCUUUUGCCUGUGAAGUUGGGGAUAUCGCUGGCAAGCAAAAGACUCUGGACCUACAGUCUGAGAUGGGGACGGUGGCUACAAAGAACUUUUUUACUGACACAACCUCUUGGUUGUCUGGAAUGAUUGGUCGUUCCUUGGUGGUACAUGGUCCAAACCAAACAGCUCCACGGAUCGCUUGUGCAAACCUCACCUUGUUCCGCUUUUCCUCUGCUCGCUCAAGUUCUUGGUACGGGCCUGAAUCUUCUGAAGGUCAAAUCCGAUUCUCCCAAGUCUCUCCUCAAGGGCCAACAAUCCUAAAUAUCUCCUUCACUGGGCUUAACACCAGAGCCGGUGGCUACCACGUCCAUAUUCUUCCAAUCAAGAGCGUAAAGGAACCCUGCUCCGACAGUAACAUCAUGGGGCACUUCAACCCGUUUUCUGUGAACGCAACCUCAUCUCCAGCUUCAGGGAUUGGCACGGUUGACCAGUAUGAGAUUGGAGACAUCAGUGGGAAGUUUGGAUACCUGACGGGUCAGAACACCUUUCAGAACCAGUACAUGGAUGGUAAUAUGCCACUUUCAGGUCCGAAUAGCAUCAUUGGCCGGUCCCUGGUCAUACAUUAUAACAACGGCUCAAGAAUGAUGUGUGCAGAUAUCUCAGCAGAGGACGCCCCAGAUGGAAAUCGAGUGACCGCUGAGGCCAUGUUCAGUGGGGCUGUAACUGGGACAGUGAUGAUGUACCAACAGACCUUUCCAGAUGGCAGCUAUGGUGACGUUAUGUUAGAGGUGGAUGUACAGGCAUCACAACCAUUAAAAUUUGCAGAGGCUUCCUGGUACAUUGCAGAUGAGCCGGUGGGGUCAGAUGGUUCAUGUCCGGGGGAAGACGAAAUGUUUAAUCCAUUCAACAUUACAAAUAUGAACAACUGUUCUCAGAUGAGGGCUCUGUCCUGUUUGGCUGGAGAUCUGACGGGCAGACAUGGUCCUAUAAGUCUCACCAAGAGACAACUGUACAAUGACAUUCUGUUGCAGCUGGCCGGAGACUUCACAGUUGUCCAGAGGUCACUAGUUCUCAGACUCAAUAGCACCACAACUACAUGUGCAGAUAUUCGCGCAGAAUCCCCUUCUGCCAUGCAGAUCUUCCCCAACAAGGCAUCCUUCAGCAGGUAUGAUUUCCGUAAGAGAGUGGCAGAUGUGCUAAACCUCCCCAUAUCCAGAGUUUCCAUCUUACCUGGUUCUCCUUCACAAAGGUCUGAUGGGAAAUGCCAGGAGGUCAAUUAUCUGGUGUCAGGUAAAGUGAGCCAGGAGAAGCUGAGCUCAGUUAAGACCAGUGACAAGAUGGGUGUGUUCAAAGAAUCAAAGAAGUGCACUCCAAGUGGAAAGGCAGGACUGAUGCUGGUCCCCUGCAGGAUGUUACUGUCCGUCAUAACGGCUGGAGUCUUUCUGCUCGGGUUACUGAGGCACUAGAUGGACCCUACAAUGAUCUCACUGCGUUUACUUCAAUACUUUAAUAAACCAGGACAGGUUCACCCCAACGUUAUGAAGCCGUCAAAUUGUGGUUUGACACCAUAUCGAAAUGUCUUUCAAAAAAAAAAAAAAACGUUCAGUGGACAAAACACAGACAGCAACAUAGUGUCGGCCCAGAUCCGGGCCACAUCUGGUACAUGUGGAUUCAUGGACACUAUGUUGUUGUCUGGGUUUUGUCUACUGAUUUUUUUUUUUUUUUUAAACGUUUCAUCUGCUGAACAAUCGGCAUGUUGUUAAACAACUGUACAAU